UUAAAUUAUUCACCUGUUGUACGAAGGGGCAGUUGUUCAUUAAGUCUUCGGAGGUGUAGAAACGUUGAAAGGUUGAACGGGUGAACUAUUUAUACACUUUCACCAUUCCAGUCGUUUUUUCUCUUAAAAUGAAUGUUGUUUUUGUGUUCCAUUUUGUCGUAGUUCGCGCAUAAAUGUGUGUGAUGCCGUCGCUUCAUUCGAGUAUCCUCGUGUGCACGGGAAAAGAGGCGUAACAGCGGGGGAAGGGACUACGCCCAUCAUGUAUCAUUUACACAUGUGUGUUUCACAUUAUUUACACCUUUUUGGGUAUUUAAAAAGCAUCAAUUUGUGAAGCUAAACGUUUGUGCGUGCACGUCCGUGUGUAUAUCCAGCUGUAGACGACCACUUGCCGCCAAACUUACAAAGAAGAGCAUCUGUUUUUACAAUGGAGUUGCUACUGAACGAUGGGUACACACAGGAGGAGAAGAACUUCAUGCAAAUUAACCAAACUGAUGAUUUCAUCAACCAAGAAAACGACAUACACAUAAGUGUUGUAAAGCCAAUUACCAAGCGCACCAUUCAUUCGGAAUGUGAGAAGAUAAACGCAUUUUACAAGCCAGUCGAGUUGGUAGAGGAGGUUAAUACGUAUGUCAAAAAAGGAGAGGAGUAUCUCAUAAAAUUGUAUGAAAAUUUGAAAAAGGAGGAAAAAAGAGAAAAUGAAGAAGUCAUGAAAAGGUGGACCAAUUCGACUCCAACGAUGGUUUCGCCGUCAGGUCAGCUUUACCACACGAAGUACGCACAUGAAAAGGAGGUAACUACAGAGCACCCUCCAACUAACCUAUUUAAAGGUGAGAACGAAUAUGCUGGACCGAAAUUCGAAACAGUGUUCGUGCCUAAAUUAAAAAAAAACAUCGAAAUUGUUAACUGUUUAAAGGAGAACGUCCAUGUUGAUUACACCUACUUGGUUCCCAAACCCGUUGUCAUACCUGUCCAAGUCCCCAUGUUAAAAUUUAGAGAUAAUUUUAAAAUAGUUCCCAUCCGUAAGAAAAUAAUCCCCGUGAUAAGGUACACUGAUGAGGUUAUCUACGUGGACUGUUGUGUUGAGAAGCCAUACAUCGUUUACGAGAAUAUCAUUGCGCCUGUUCCGUGUGACGUCCCCAUAGAAGAGCGCAAGUACAUCGACCACGCCCCUCCUGUGGUACAAUGA